GCUGAGCCCGUCAGUCCUGGUCCAAGAUGGCCAAGCUCACUCUGCUCACCGGCCUGGCCCUGCUGCUGCUCAACGCCCACGUCGGCACUGCCUAUGUGCUGACCUGUUACUUCACCAACUGGGCCCAGUACCGGCCUGGCGAGGGCAAAUUCACCCCCGACAACAUCGACCCCAACCUGUGCACUCACCUGAUCUACGCCUUCGCCGGCAUGAACAACAACGAGAUCACCACCUACGAGUGGAACGAUGAAACGCUCUACAAAUCCUUCAACGGCCUCAAGAACCAGAACAGGAAUCUGAAGACCCUGCUGGCCAUYGGAGGAUGGAAUUUCGGCACACAGAAGUUCACCACCAUGGUCUCCACACCCCAGAACCGCCAGACCUUCAUCAACUCCGUGGUCAGGUUCCUGCGCCAGUACGGCUUUGAUGGGCUGGACCUGGACUGGGAAUACCCCGGCUCCCGGGGCAGCCCCGCCCAGGACAAGGCUCUCUUCACCGUCCUGGUCAAGGAAAUGCUGGCAGCCUUCGAGCAGGAAGCCCGGCAGAGCAACCGGCCCCGGCUCAUGGUCACCGCUGCUGUGGCCGGAGGACUGUCCACCAUCCAGGCUGGCUACGAGAUCGCUGAGCUGGGCAAGUACCUGGAUUACAUCCACGUGAUGACCUACGACUUCCACGGUCCCUGGGACGGCUCCACGGGCGAGAACAGCCCCCUGUUCAGUGCCGGCAGCACCCUCAGUGUUGAAUACGCCAUGAACUACUGGAAGAACAACGGUGCCCCCGCUCAGAAGCUGCUGGUGGGAUUCCCGACCUACGGGAAAACCUUCACCCUGCAGAACCCGUCCAACACCGCCAUUGGGGCACCGACCUCCGGCCCUGGCCCUGCUGGACCCUACACCGGGGAGGCCGGGCUCCUGGCUUACUACGAGAUCUGCAGCUUCCUGAACUCCGGAGCCACCCAGGCCUGGGAUGCCCCCGAGGACGUGCCCUACGCCUACAAGGGCAGCGAGUGGAUCGGCUACGACAACGUCAAGAGCUUCAACCUCAAGGUGCAGUGGCUGAAGCAGAACAACUUUGGAGGCGCCAUGGUCUGGACCAUCGACCUGGAUGACUUCAGYGGCUCCUUCUGCCACGAGGGCAAAUUCCCGCUGAUCUCCACGCUCAAGAAGGGGCUGGGGCUGUGAAGGCGCCG